GCCCACUUCCGGCUCCUCCUCGCAGCAUGGCUGCUUUAGGAUCUGUGCUCUCGAGUGAAUGGGUAUACGGGGUCCGGAGGCUGCACUGCAGCGCGGCGGCUUGGGCGGGCAGCCAAUGGAGACUCCAGCAGGGCCUGGCUGCCAACCCCAACGGCUACGGGCCCCUUACGGAGCUCCCAGACUGGUCCUACGCGGAUGGCCGCCCUGCUCCCCCAAUGAAAGGCCAACUUCGAAGAAAAGCCCAAAGAGAGAAAUUUGCAAGACGAGUUGUACUGCUGUCACAGGAAAUGGACGCUGGAUUACAAGCAUGGCAGCUCAGGCAGCAGAAGUUGCAGGAAGAAGAAAGGAAGCAGAACACUCUUAAACCCAAAGGAGCUUCACUGCAGAACUCACUUCCAAGUCAAUAAAAAGCGACUCCUGCCUCCUUUGCCCACCCUCUCUCUGUCUUUCUUUUCUGUCACCUAGAUGCCUCAUCCCAGCAAGAAGAGAGCCUUCAUGUUCCCCAUCUGUCUUCAGAGCACAAGAGCUUGGAUACCAGGAAGAACAGGGUGUAAGAUCACUGCCCGGGAGGAUUGGCUCAGUGCCCUCACCCCGGCUCCAUUCCAAUUCAGCCGAAUCUUGCUCUGGGAUUUUUACACUCUCUUUUGCAGGCCAUAUAUCUGGCCCAACUACAAGCCGUAGCUGCUCUGCAAACAUGAAAAGGGAAUAGCAGUUUUCCUGGCAUUCAAGCCUUUAACAGCCCAUACACAGCUCAAGCCAUGUGCACUUGGCAUUUAAUAAAUGUUUUGAUGAAAAA